AUGCUACAACAGGAGAGCAAUCAAAUGAUCUUCUUCACCAAUGGAUGGGAUUCAUGGAAAACCAAAGCCAUAAACUGUGGCAAAGGAUUCUAUCUUGGAACAAACAGGACAUGUGUUGAUGACAAUGAGUGUGGAGAAAAUGAAGCUGAAUCAUCGGCCCUGUGUGGUACCAACACAGAGUGUCACAACACCCUCGGGAGUUUCUACUGUACCUGUAAGAAAGGAUACGUCAGUGAAUCAGGAGAAACUAACUUUACCACCAUGAUACACUGCCGAGAAAUUGAUGAGUGCAAGACAGACCCAUGUGGUUCAAAUGCAACAUGCACCAACACAUUUGGUGGUUUUGAGUGUGCCUGUAAUGAAGGAUUUGUCUCAACCACUGGAGAACGCACCUUCACCGAUCAAACAGUCACACAGUGCCAAGAUAUUGACAAGUGUGAGACAGACCCGUGUGGUUCAAAUGCAACAUGCACCAACUACGUUGGUGGUUUUGAGUGUACCUGUAAUGAAGGAUUUGUCUCAACCACUGGAGAACGUACCUUCACCGAUAAAACAGUCACACAGUGCCAAGAUAUUGAUGAGUGUGAGACAGACCCAUGUGGUGCAAAUGCAACAUGCACCAACACAUUUGGUGAUUUUGAGUGUACCUGUAAUGAAGGAUUUGUCUCAACCACUGGAGAACGCACCUUCAUCGAUAAAACAGUCACACAGUGCCAAGAUAUUGACGAAUGUGAGACAGAUCCGUGUGGUUCAAAUGCAACAUGCACCAACUAUGUUGGUGGUUUUGAGUGUACCUGUAAUGAAGGAUUUGUCUCAACCACUGGAGAACGCACCUUCACCGAUAUAACAAUCACACAGUGCCAAGAAACAGGUAAACUAAUCUCGGAGGAAAACUCACAGCUGCCAGGACACAGGGAGUCACAGAUCAAACAAAGGUUUAGACAGAAGCUGACAGCAGAUGAUCAGUUACAUGAAGGUGGUCAGGGAGAUUCCUUGAGGCAGGUAGCUUCUAUUGUCCCUGUAAUGAAGGAUUUAGCUCAACAACUGGAGAAUGUUCUGGUCCUGAUAAAACAGUUGCACAGUGCCAAGGAAAUCAUUUCAAACUCCAGUGAUAUUUUAAGGAAUUAUUCCUUUUGGGAAAACAUGGAAAAAGAACAACGACUCUAUUCCUGCUCCAUAUUUCUGCAAACCAUGGAAAAUGCUGCCAUUGUUGCUGCUCUGAAUUUGCCACCUCAGGGAAACAGAACAAUAUCAACUGAAAAUAUCAAUAUGGAAGUAAGGGCUUUUCGGGGAGGAAACAGGUCAGCCCAGGACAGAAUCUGUUUACAAGUGAAGGACACUGUGAUGGAUAUCAACCGACAGACACACAGCAGAGGAAAUACAACUGAUUUAACAGUGGUGGCUUUGAUCGCCUAUAAGGACAUGGAUUCCAUUCUGAAUGGAAGUGAGUUCCACAGCACCACUGGUGGGAAACAGAAGCCUUUUCAAUUAAUCUCAGAUGUCGUCUCAGCCGUGAUAACGAACAGGGACAACAAUGGACUUGAGCCAAUUGUGAACAUCACCUUCAAGCACAAUCAGCAGGCGAACAGUGAGUGGACAACCCACUGUGUCCACUGGGAUUACGCAGCUGGGAAAAGCUACUGGUCUCCUCAUGGCUGCAGUGUGGGAGAUUCCAGUGGAACACACACCCAGUGUCGAUGCAACCAUCUCUCCACCCUGGCAUUGCUGAUGUCUCCUGUUGGAUGGCAGGACUAUCCGUUUGUUUUGACGACAAUUACAUUGAUUGGGAUCCCAAUUUCUCUGGUGUGUCUGGGAAUCACCAUUGUGACCUUUGCUUUCUGCACCAAUGUGAGAAAUGCUCUCCACAUCACCCACAUGCAGCUGUGUGUGAGUCUCUUCCUGGCGGAACUGCUUUUCCUUCUCGGGAUCAACAGAACCACAAACCGGGUGAUGUGUGGGAUUAUAGCAGGAUUUCUACACUACCUGUUCUUGGCUGCGUUUGUUUGGAUGUUCCUGGAGGGAGUCCAGCUCUUUCUCAUGGUCAGAAACAUCAGGAAUUUGAGGGUUCCUCAUUCAGAAAAAGUUGAGAAAUUCAUGUACCUUCUUGGCUACGGGGUUCCUGCAGCAAUUGUGGUCAUUUCUGCUGCAGUGGAUCAUGAUGGCUAUGGAUCACCUAGGCACUGCUGGGUCUCCAUAAAAAGAGGAUUCAUCUGGAGUUUCCUGGGACCUGUGUGUCUGAUCAUUGGGAUCAACACGGCUCUGUAUUUCACAAUACUCUUGAUAUUGAAAAGAGAAGUUUCUAAACAGGACACUAAAGUGUCGAAACUUCAGAAUACAAGGAUGCUGACAUUCAAAGCCAUUGCUCAGGUGUUUAUCCUGGGCUGCACUUGGAUUUUUGGUUUGUUUCAGUUUCAGGAACAGCCCGGUGUAAUGACCUAUUUAUUCACCAUCAUCAACAGUUUCCAAGGCACUUUCAUCUUUAUCCUGCUCUGCAUGUUAAAUCCCAAGGUGAGGGCAGCAUAUUCUAACUACUUCAACAGCAAGUGUAAGGCAAUGGACACAAAGCCCUCAGAGGAGGACAAAGCCAACACAAUGACAGUCUUGUCGGUCUCAAAGGACUGAGGAAACUUCUUUUCCCUCACUGGCUGUGUGACAGAUGAAGACAUGAAGACCAUCAUUGUCUCUGCCACAGUGAUCAUGGAACCAUCAAACACUGAGCAGCUACUGAGGAAACAGGACAUUCAGUCAAACAAGUCUGUGUUGGUGUUUACCAUCUGUGAGCUCAAAUUGUUCUAAUCACAUUUAUCCAUUUUUUUACUGAUGUCUUUUCAACCCCAUUCCCUUCAGCUACUUAUCGAACUGAAUCUUGAAGACUGUUGCAGUGUCCACCUCAAGUACACAUCUUGUUAGUGAAUCCCAGUCACACAAACUGAAGGGGGUUUUCCUGCACAUUGACUUAAAUAUGAAAGGAUAGUGAUGCUGUACUCACCAAAUAAUCCAGAGGCCCAGGCUGAUGUUCUGGGGAUACAGGUUCAAAUACCAUGAAACCUGGUGGAAUUUAAAUUCAACUCAUAAAUCUGGAGUUAAAAGCUCAAAUAUAAUUGUGAAUAUCCAUCUGAUUUACGACUGUCCUUAUCCAAUGUGGCCUCCACGUGACUCCAGACACAUAGCAAUGUAGUCAAUGUUUAACAGCCCUCAGAAGUGGCUGAAAGAGCCAUUCAGUUCAAGGCUAAUUAGGGAUGGGUGACAAUGUAGGAGCUGACAUCCCAUGAAAUAAUAAAGGAAAGAAAAGCCUCUGCUAAAAAACCGUACCAUGCUGUCUGAUCUGUUGUCACACUUUCAUAAUUUUAAACAUUUCUAUCACAUGAAUGCAGGAACAGGAGGAGGCCAUUUAGCCAAUUGUGCCCAUUCUAACAUUCAAAGGCAGCAUAGUUUCAUAAUCAUAAAAAUAAAAUAUUUUAGUGACAUUCAUAACAUGAAAUAGCUGCUUUGUGACAGGGAAAAAAGACCAAAGAAAAGAAACAGGAGGCUGAGGGGUUCAAAGCACGUAGACCUGUUGGAGAUGACAGGACAAUGAUCCUGUAUUUCAUUAUUAUUCAUUCAUGGGAUGUGGGCAUCACCGGCUACACUAGGAUUUGUUGUCCAUUUCUAACUGCCCUGGAGAAGGUUGGGCUGAAGUACCUUUGUGAAUUGCUGCAGUCUGUGAAUUGGGUAAAUUUUGGAAUUCUUACCUAGCAACAGUGAAUGAAUGACAAUAUUGUCCCAAGUCAGAAUGGUGAGCAACCCAGUAACUUAUUUUUACGCAGGCAGUGAAAGAAACACAAACUAUAAACAUAAGCGUGUGAUUCAUGAUAUAACUGGAGUCUAUGAAGUUAUCUUACAAGCAAUGUCACAAGAAAUUGUAAAAAUAUAGUCAAGAUCCUUUCAUUGGUUGGAUACUGCUUCUCAGAGUGAUCUGAGAGUUUCUCCCUCAGUGACAUACCUGUAUUGAUGGGAAUACAUAUCUUUAUUGUGGACUAUGUUGAAAACACCAGGAGAUGGAGCACUAUUGAGAGGAGUAUCUGGCAGUUGGGGAUUACCCAGCAAACCUUGCUGCAUUGGGUUUCUGUGUUGAACACCAGGGGAAGGGCAGAGAGAGACUAACAACACAGCGGGCACUUGGUAAAGGAACAGCAGCCGCAUGCAAAUCAAAAAGCUCCCUCACUCCUCCUGUCCUGCACAAAUUUAGGAAUCAUUUUUAUACAGUUUCAUGAUUCAAUAUUUGGGCUAUUUUUGCCAAUCCUAAUAAAAGGAAUAAAAUGGAACCUUUAUUCAGAGCCCUAUUUCUAAGUGGAUUUCCAUCCAACUCAAAGCCUGGUACCAAGAAUUUGCCAUUGAUUUGCUGCUAUCACAGAUUUUGUUCCAUUCAAAAGAAUCAUCAUUUCAUCAAACUUUAUCCUUUGUAUCAGUGACCAUGGAUCAGCAAGACUGCUCUUUCCCUUUUUGUUUCUUUGUUAAUACUAUUACUGCAGAGUUUUUAGUCGCUUUGAAUCAUGUGAAUUUAUU